UGUUAUGGGCAAUGCUUCUAACUGUUGUUCACUGAAAUAGCUGUACACCAUCACAAGUUAUUUGAUAAUUACGUCCCAUUUUAUUCUCUAUCAUCACCUCAUCCCAAAUUUCCUGCUGAAAUUAAGGCUUCUGCGUGCGCCACCAUGUUCCUUCUUACUAUUCCGAUAUCAUCCAGUUACUUGGUGUAAGCCGGCUAGCAUGUAAUGGGGCGAUAGCUCAGACCCUGAACUCAGUAUCACACAGGAAAGGAAAAGGCAAGCCGUCUUUUCACAGCCGCUCAGCAUUCGAGCAGUAUCUGGAAACGUAUCAGAUGUCAAUUCGUGAUCCCGAAUCAUUCUGGCACAAAACUGCCAAGGAAUUGCUUGAAUGGGACAACAAAUUCGAUAAUGUUUGUCAAGGAUCAUUUGAGGGUGAAGACAAUGCAUGGUUCGUCAAUGGUCGUUUGAACGCUUCUUUUAACUGCGUCGAUCGCUGGCGCACCAUUUCUUUCAUCGAACUCCGGCAGGAAGUCUCCAGGGCAGCAUGGGUGCUAAAGGAUCUUGGAAUUCGAAAAGGAGAUACUGUCGCGAUCUACAUGCCCAUGAUCCCAGAGGCUUUCAUCACGCUUCUUGCCUGCUCUCGAAUCGGAGCCAUCCAUAGUGUUAUCUUUGCAGGAUUCUCAGCGGCCGCACUGAAAGACCGCAUACAGGACGCAAAGGCAAAAGCGGUUGUCACUACGGAUAAAGGAUUCCGUGGAAGCAAGUGCAUUGAUUUAAAAAAGAUUGCUGACGAAGCAAUUGAGGAGUGCCCUGAGGUACGCCACUGCUUGUUUGUCAAACGUUCAGACGAUUCUAGCCAACCUCGCCUGCGAGACCGCGUCUGGCAAGAGGAGUGCUCGAAAUGGUCACCUUAUUUCCCGCCAGAGUCCAUGAAUAGUGAGGACCCUCUGUUCAUGCUGUACACUUCUGGAUCGACCGGUAAACCAAAGGGUUUGCUCCAAUCUACCGCUGGCUAUCUUUUGGGUGCGGCAUUGACUACCAAACAUAUAUUCGACAUCCAGGACGGCGACGUCUUCUUCUGUGGCGGAGACAUUGGCUGGAUAACAGGACACACAUACGAAAUCUAUGGCCCACUCUCACUUGGCUGUACUACUGUCAUAUUCGAAGGAACGCCUGCAUACCCCAACCUAUCUCAAUAUUGGGAUAUCAUUGCGAAAUAUCGUGUCACUCAAUUCUACACUGCCCCGACAGCGCUGAGGCUACUCAAGCGAGGCGGAGAUGAGUACGUCAAUCACGAUAUGACGGCACAUUUACGUGUACUUGGGUCCGUAGGGGAGCCUCUGGCAGCGAACAUCUGGAAAUGGCUUAGUGAAGUGGUGGGUAGAGGUGAAGCGCAGGUGGUGGACACCUAUUUUCAGACCGAAACCGGAUCGCACGUGCUAUCCGCUCUUGCUGGGGUUGUUCCGUCGAAACCCGGAUGCUGUUGUCUUCCCUUCCUAGGAGUCGAAGCUGCUAUCUUGGAUCCCGCCGGCAAUGAGCUUCCUGACGAAUCAGAAGGUGUAUUGGCGAUCCGCAAACCUACAUCGUCAAUGUGUCGUACAAUUUGGGGUGACCAUGCUCGAUUUGCUUCGGUCUAUUAUAAACCGUACCCAGGAUAUUACUUCACGGGCGAUAAAGCCAUUCGUGAUUCAGAUGGUAAUUACUGGAUUCAAGGUCGAACUGACGAUGUCAUCAAUGUGUCUGCUCAUCGCCUGAGCACUGCAGAGAUUGAAGGUGCAUUGUUGGAGCACCCGCUCUUUGCGAAAAUGGUUGUCAUUGGGGUCCCAGACGAUCUUACCGGGCAGGCUGUAGCUGCAUUUGUGAGCACAAAACCGUCGGAUGAAGCCACUGAUUUUCCAAAGGAAACUCGCGUCAAGGUGCAGCAAAGCAUUGGCAAAUUCGCUGUUCCGGUCCAUGUCAUUGUGGUCGAUGAUCUACCUCGUACCAGGUCAGGGAAGAUUAUGCGACGCCUAUCGAGGAAGAUCUGGAAGGGCCAAGAGGAGUCUCUCGGAGACACUAAUACCCUGGUGAACCCUUUGUGCAUCGACAGUCUCAUUGCGAUUAUUCAAAUCUAUCAAAGACACGACUCUGCAACUGCCACACUGACUCAUUUCGACAAUCAUAAUGAGCCGAUUCUUUCCGCUCAAUAGGAAUGUAUCGUGUGUAUUCAGACGCUGCCAAAUUUAGGUGACAUCCCAAUGCCACUAGGAAGAUAGAAUCAUGAGCUCACACAAGAACACUGUACGCUAGAACACCAGUCAUAAUUUCAAAUAUCACUUCCUUCUCAUUUCACUUAUACCCUACUUAUGGCAACUACCUCUCCAUCCAUUGUUCUGAAAAAGCGCAACCCCUCAGCUUACCAGGAAUAAAAGUAAAAAAAGAAAAAG